GUAUAUGUAUAUAUACCAUACUCUUGCUAGUUACCUUCGUGCUUUUCUCUGCUUGACCUCUCAACGUGAUGAUGCGCUGGGUUUAAUGGGUUUUGCAAUUUGCCUGGUUGGGGGGGACGAUAGGGAGAGAGAGGCCCACCCUCGCUCGUGUAGUUUCUGGAUCGGAUCUAUCACUUUUUCGAUAUUUAUAUAUUAUGUGUAUAUAUAUAUAGAGAGAGAGAGAGAGGAUCCCACUUCUCUUUGUUUGCUAAAUAUUAAACUGCUCUCAUGCCUCGCCCGUUCUUUCCCUCGACUCUCCCCUCCCUUCUCUGUGUUGUUCUCAUCAGGUUUUCCUUUUUUCUCGAUUACCAAUUUCUUGAUUGAUUUCGCUCGCUGUUCUGCAUUGUCUUGCGUCCGUCGCCGUGGGCAUCCCAAACAUUCUUGUUAGGGUUUGGAUUUAAGGACGACGAUGAGAAAAAGGACGAGAGCGUGCCUCGAAACGGCUGUUGUAGAUAUUUGGCAACGUGAACUCGGCGAACUCUCCUCCAGGAGCUUCUUCCGUCGACUUGGCGCUUCCGAGGAUCUCGUGCUUCGUUUUGACAUCCUGCGGAAGUUGGAUAAACACCAAGGUUGUGUGAACACUGUUAGCUUCAAUGCAACUGGUGAUAUACUUGUAUCAGGCUCUGACGAUACAAGGAUAAUUCUCUGGGAUUGGGAAACCGGACAAGUUAAGCUUCAUUUUCAUUCUGGUCAUGAAAACAAUGUUUUUCAAGCAAAGAUCAUUCCUUACACCGAAGGUCGAAGCAUUGUCACAUGCGCUGCUGAUGGAAAGGUAAGACUUGCACAGAUUCUUAACUCACAAGUUGAGACUAAGCUACUGGCAGAACAUCACGGACGUGUUCACAAAUUAGCUCUUGUACCAGAGAGCCCUCAUACUUUUUAUACAUGUGCUGAGGAUGGAGUAGUUAAACAUAUUGAUCUGAGAGCUGGAACUGCUACCAGCCUCUUUACUUGCAAAGCUGUGCAUACCCAGAGUUAUUAUUCCAUUGUUUCUCUGAACGCAAUUACCAUUAAUCCAAGAAAUCCUAACUUAUUUGCCAUUGGUGGAUCUGAUCAAUUUGCUCGACUAUUUGACAUCCGCCAAUACAAGUGGGAUGGGUCAUCUAAAUUUGAUCGGCCUGUUGAUCUAUUUUGCCCCCCUCAUUUAGUUGAUGAUGAGCAUGUGGGAAUAACAGGAUUGACAUUCUCUGAUCAAAAUGAGCUUCUUGUGUCGUACAGUGAUGAGUUUAUAUAUCUCUUUACAAAGGAUAUUGGUCUAGGACCCGAUCCAAUUUUUACUUCUCAUGUUUCUGAAGGGAGCGACGUCAGCAAUACAACUCCUGAUGAUCCUGUUGGCUUAUCUGUUUCUAAUGCCAAAGAAAAUGUGAAAGCUGUUCCACAGGCAUACAAAGGGCACAGGAAUUCCGCUACUGUGAAGGGUGUAAACUUCUUUGGGCCUAAAUGUGAUUAUGUUGUGAGUGGAUCUGAUUGUGGGCGUAUUUUUAUUUGGAAAAAGAAGGGUGGAGAGCUUGUCCGUGUUAUGGAAGCUGAUAAGCGCAUAGUGAAUUGCAUUGAACCUCAUCCUUUUGCUCCAGUGCUAGCCAGCAGUGGGAUUGAAUCAGACAUAAAAAUUUGGGUUCCAAAAGCUCCUGAUAAAGCUAUUCUACCCACUAACAUCCAAAAGGAUAGGGUUAUUCCAUUUUAUGGUUGUUAUGGCUAUGAUGAUGGAGAGGAUGAGGAUGACUUCAUCUAUUUUGACGAUGAUGUGAAUGAGUUCACGGAUUCUGAUGAAGAUGAUGAGGAUGAGGAUGCCUGUACUGAUUCUGAUGAAAAGGAUGAGGAUGAGGAUUCCUGUACUGAUUCUGAUGAAGAGGAUGAGGAUGUCUUUACUGAUGAAGAGGAUGGUGAUGGCGGUGUUGAUGAAGAGGAUGAUGAUGAUGAUGAUGAUGAUGAUGGUGGUGGUGGCGGGGAGUACAACAUUGCUGACGAUUACGAUAAUCAUGAGAAUGAGGAGAAUGGGGAUCACGAGGGAGAUGAUGGAAGUGAUUUUGUUCUCUGCAUUGGAGAUAUGGGUGACAAGGAUGAUGAUUGUGGUUCUGAUAAUUUCAAUGAUGAUGAAGCAAAGACCAAGGCCAAAGGGUUGGAUGCACAGAAGGAUGUCGAUGUCUCCGGAGGACAUGAUGUUGCAGUUGUUUUCUCUGCAAAGGCCAAGAGCGAGGGCAAGCCCUGAAGGAGGGAGCAGAGAUGGAGACCAUGCAUCAGAUGUGGGAAGGGACCUGCAUCAGCUUCUUCUGACAUUUAAUGCCAACACUGAUGAAGAUGAAGACAGCAGCAGUGAUGGUAGAGGUGAAGACAUUUCCAUUUA